AUGGCGGACAACUAUAAGCAAGUGAAAGUAGGUCGACUGAAACUCAAAGGAAUGGACGAUAGCUCAAGAAAACGAAAGCACAAGAAGAAGAAAAGAGAAAGAGAAGAUGAAGGAGAACCAUCUGAUAUCGAUGCACUUCGCCAUGGUGGUUGGAGAAAAGUUGAAUCAUUCGCUGAAGCUAGCGGUAGCGUCGCGCUGCAAACGUUUAAGAAAUCUUACGUGGAGGCCUUAAACAGUGGUUUGUUUUCUGUUGGUGAACCGAGGGAUGAUGGCGAAAAUUCACCGGCUCCUGUUGAAGUAUUUACUGCAGUGCAGUUGUCCGAUAAAAAAAUAGCGCUGAAAUCGGGUUAUGGUACGUACGGGACAAACUAAUACGCGAUCGAAGUCGUUCACAAGUUGAAUACCUUGUUAUUGUCCACAUCUUUUCAUGAAACUCUCCCAUUAUCCUAUCCCAAAUCGGAGUGGCUUCAUAUUUUCUAUUUGUAAGCUCAAUAGCAGAUGGCGAGGAGACAAAAUCACCAGCAAGUUCUCACUUGAUUCCAUCCACCAAACUGACAUCCUCCUCUCACAAGACAUUUCACUUUUCUUAUAUGAAAUUUCUUGAUGAAAUGUUUAUAAAAGUCAAAGUGUCUUCAAUUUUUAAGGAAAAAAACAAUUCAGUAUAGAUUGAGUAGGAUGCGAACUCAGAGCAUCCGAUCUGGAGUGCAUCACUCUAACCCCUACACCACCGAGGAUUUGGUGACAAAUUCCAGUUUGAUUUAAAUAUAUAACCCUAACCCUAACCCUAACCCUAACCCUACUUUGUGUACGAAUCAUUAAUGUGUCAACAUCAGUUUGGCGGAUGGAAUUAAGUGUAGGCCCAAGUUCUCUUGGAAUAGUCUAGUUUCGAGUUCGCUAUGACCGCUGAAUUAAAGAAGUGAAGACACAUUUUUUACAGGCUUAGCCUCCAUCCGGGGCCUCCAUCUGAAGUAAAUAUAUUCACAAAUUCCAAAGAGAAAAAGACCUGUUUAUUGCUCUGUCUAUUGUUUAUAUUCAAAUUUCAAACACUUGCUUGCCGGAAUUUCUGAAUGUGUCACUUUAAGUCGAGGCUAACGCUGUAUGAAUGUGUCAUUAAUGUUUGUAUUCAGCGGUAAUUUUUAAUUCGAAACUGGUCUAUUGGAUUUGCAGAAGAAUACCAGUGGAAGUUGAAAAUAUUGUGUAAGGCUUUGCCAUCGUUGACAGUUCAGUUGGGGCCUCAUCCCCUUGUAAACUGGUCAAGGAAAUUUUUGUUUGCCUUCAAGGUUAACCCAGUCACUUCCUUAAGUAAAUUUGACAAAAUUUCCAAUUUUAUUUUGUAAAAUGCUGAAAAGGUUUAAUUCAUUCGAAUAGUCACACUUCAGGAUUGUUUUAUGCUGAUUUCGCUACUUGCCUAGUUCGCUGCGUUCAAGGUCGCUACAUGUUCGCUACUAACAUGCCAAAUUUGCUGCCUCUGUUAAUUCACUGUUUUAAUUCAAACCGAACUCAGCUAAAACUGCCCAUUUCAGGUUGAGCAAGGCAGACUUAUUUAAAACAAGAUGUCCGUUCUAAAAGAUCGUAGAAGUAGGAUGACAGAAUAAAGAAGUAGCGAAUUUGGCAUGUUAGUAGCGAACAUGUAGCGAACUCGAACGUAGUGAACUAGACAAGUAGUGAAACCUGGCUGUUACCACAUGAUUUCAUCCACAGACCAAACAGCCGGAGCCACCUCACAAGACUCUAUCAUUUACUCUGGGACUGGUUAACUUUUUGCUCCCAUAUUAAAUUUCGACUUGCAUCACCAGUGAUCGAUGGGCAUAACUACAGAAUACAGGGCAACUAUUUUUAGAAUUAUCAUUAUUAUUUCAAGUGGUUCAGAGGUUCAUUAAUGAGAUAAAACAACCUUAUCAUUAAGUGGCUUGGUGACUCAGCACUCCCAACUGAAAAGCCACUGAGGUGCUGGGCCACUAAAAUAUAUAUACCGGUACCUUUCUCAUUCUUCAAGACUCUAACUUUGACUGACAAGCCACCAAACCCCUAAAAUAUAUACAAUGUACUUUCACUUUUUCUUUAAAAUGUAUCUAACUCUUUAUUAAGUUAAAUAUUUAUCUUUCUCAUUCUCUUAACAUUUGCCUUUACCCAGCGAGCCACCAAGCCACUUCCAUUUAAGUCCUGACAACUUGGCCCUGCAUUCUGUAGUUGCUUGUGAAUACAUGUUUGCACUCUUUCUUCCAAUGGCAGGGAAGUACAUGUCUGUUGAUAUGAUGGGAAAUGUCAGUGGUAGAUCUGAUGCCAUUGGUCCACAAGAACAGUUUGAGUGUGUGUUUGAAGAGGAUAAAGCUGCGCUAGAAACAUACAAUGGCUGCUUUUUGUCAGUGAGUGAUGAGGGUCAACUCUCUGCAACAAAGAAAAUCGUUGGAGAAAAGGAAACAUUUUGCAUAAGGACCAGUGCUGUGAAAGUGUAAGUCAACUAGUUUUGUGGUGUUAACACUGUGAGAAGUUAAUUUUUUUUUUGCAUUAGCAUACAGAGAAGUCAUCCACAUAAGAAUUGCAGAGUAUCCAAAUACAAAUUCUCCAAAAUGAUAUCCAUACAUUUCCUUAAAAAAUUAGUUGAGAGUAUUUGAGUUAAGAUCAAAGACUUUUGCCUUUGUGAUCAUUUUAUUCAUUCUCAUAGACUUUGCUCUUGACAAUCUAUAGAUUUUGUUAGGAGAAAAUUGAUUUUGGUCACUAUUGGGACUUAAAGGGUUAAGGCUCGCCAGCUGCAGCCCAGUCAAAAUGAACCAGCAGCAUGCAAUUUUUGCACUCCUGCAGUGUUUCAGAUAAGAGACAGGUCUUGGGUCAAUGACCUGACAAAGAAGGCUUCCUGACCUGACAGAUGACAUAUAAGUGUGAAGUUAAAUAUAACAAUAAAAAUUAGCUCGUGGUCUUAGUGACCCCUCAGAUGGUCUGCAUGAUCCUGUGCUUGAAAGAAUUAUUAACUGGAAAGCUGCUCCUGGUGGAAUAUUUUCUGCCUACUCUACUGUUUAAUGAUAUAAAUUAAAAUCCACACAUAGGCGUAUUGUCACCAUUGCCCACCCUUAUCAUAGUUUUCAAAUCCUUUGAAGCCCCAAGAGUGACUUGAACCAAUUUUCUCUUUCAAUGCAUUUGUGCUACUGAAUUGGUUUUCAUUUGGAUGGUAACCACUAGGGGUUUUGUCCACAGACUUAAAAUAUACAACUACAUACAUCUAUCGAUGGUUAACUCUAAGGGCUAAAGAAGUACAAACAAGUCAGGUUACUUAUGGUUUCUUGUUUAUGAACUAUUAUAUGUGAACUGCCGAGUGAAGAAUUAAAUGACAGAUGAUCAUCCUUCAUUUAAUUCUUCACUCCGCAGUUCACAUAUAUGAUUUUCAUAUAUUCAUAACUUCAUCUCCAUCCUGUCACUGGUUUAUAACAAACCAAUUCAACGACCUGCUCCCAUUUGGCUUGUUAGCUUAAUUGGUAGAGCGCUGCAUCGGUAUCGCAGGGGUCAAGGGUUCGAAUCCCGUACAAGCCUGAAUUUUUUUCAGGCUUUCUUUUUGCAACUGCAAAAGUUGCGUAUAUAACUGUGAUGAUCAUCUUGGUUUCUUGGUUUGUUGCAGUAAGGUGUCAACUAGCACCUUACCAGAUGGAGAAAAAGAACUAAGGAAUCACGAAAUUAGCUAUGUCAAGAAAUUCCAGAGUUUUCAGGACAGGAAUCUGCGCCUAAGUGAAGAGGACAACAAGAAACUAAAAAAAGCUAGAAUGCAGGGAACAUUGCAUGAAGAAAUGUUGAAUAGGAGAGAAAAGAUGAAGGCUGAUAGGUAUUGUAAAUAGCCUGUUGUACAAUGAAAUGUAGUCUGAUGACCAGCUUUUUAAUAACCAGCCUUUAAAACGCUCUUGAACCUCUGCUUGACAUGAAACCAUCUUUUUAGAACAGCAUUGUUUUGUACUGCAGGGUAGAAUAUAAAAAUCGUACCGGUCCCGAAAGUUCAAAUGUGAACAAUGUAAAUUUCUCUUUUUCAUUUUCAAAUGCUAAAAUAAGUUCAGGUUGAAUGGGCACAAUGUGAGAUCUCAUCCACAGACUUUAAAUUAAGAAAAUGUUUUUAUAGUGUAAUAAAACUUAUAUUACUUUCACAAGGCACUAUUUAGAGCUGUGAUAGUGGCUUGUAGAAGUACAGACUUGCCUCAAGGCGACCUGACCAGGUCACAAGUUUUUGAGUGGGUAGAGCGAGCUUUUUAGGCGGCAAAGUGGCCAAGCAAGCAAUGAAGUCUGAUGAAGGACUUUUUUUGUAAGUCUAGUAGAAUUACUGUGGAAGAGGUUUUAUUUGAAUGGACUCACCAUACUGUACGAUAUCAUGCACAGCUUCAAAAGUUAGAACCUGUUUAUACAUGACUAGUACAGCAUGACAAAUUUUCCAUUUUAACGUACCGCUGAAUAGGUCUCAUAUAUGAUCAUAUCAUAGGAGACUGUCUUCAGACUUCUAAGUUAAGCCAAUAUUGUGUUGUAUUUUAUUUCCUAGAAGAGAACCACUCUGGUCUUUGGCAAUGGUUUUUUCUAUUAAAUCAAUCGAUUAAAAAACUUGUAAGUUUUCAUUCUCCUGCUAGCAUGUAAAUUUAUAUGAUUGGGAUGAAGAUUAGCUCUCAUUUUAGACUUGACUGCUAUAAUUUAUUUUCUUGACAGUAAACUAUAACUUUAAGUUAAAACAUCUGGAGUGUAAUCAGGCAUUUUGACAUGACAAUGGAACCAGUUUAAUAAUAUAUUCAGGUUUUAAUCAGAUUGCUACCAAAAAUAAAUUCAUAUCCGCGUUACAACAGCUCCACACAAUUUAAUGGUUCUUUUUUUUAACUAGCUGAUUUGUACCUGCCCCCCACCCCCGCCCAAAUAACUAUGAGGAAAAUAUUUAAGAAACAAUAUAUACAUGUUUCUUUUUUAAAAAUUCAGUACGGUUUUUGUCUAAAUAAUUGCCUAAAAUUCAAAUGGAGUGGGUGGAAAAAUUGCGUAUUAACUUAAAAGCAUGUAAAAUCGUCGUCAAUUGAUAUUACUUUACACCGAUUACCUAUAAUUGUAACUUUACUUUGGUAAACCUCACUGCGGAAUAAGUGGGAAAAGUGCUAAUCUGCAAUAAGCGUAUAACACAUUGAAAGUUAUUCAUUGGGGUUGCUUUACACUAAUUCUACUUUCACUUUGUAAAACCAACGUUUUCAACU